AUGUUGCGGGGCAAGGUGUUACCACAUUUUCAAGAAAAUCAGGGGAUCGCGAAGAAGGAACAACUCCGAUCUACCAAAGUCAAGAGUGCACCUGCCGAACUAGCCCAUAAAAGAAAAGUGAGUAACGUGAUAUCCUUCGAGGAUAACACAGGAAAACUUGGUGACACAUGGAAUCCAUUUCAGAGGGAGGAGGAUUUUCCCCAAGAAAGGAUGCAGUGCUUCGACGAAAACACCAUGGAUCUCAAGCGAGUGGACAGAUCGAGAUCGACCAAACACUUGCUUGAAAAGCGUGUGGUUAAACACCCUUUCAGUGCCUAUCUACCAUGCUACCCGAAGGAAGCACGAAUACUGUCAGGUUGCCCAAGACUAGACGGGAAAUCGAGGGGCAGAGAUGGGGUUCGAACCACAGACCUUCUGGUCAGUAAAUUCGCGCUCGAACCACUUAGGCCAUCUCGCCUCCCACAGCCGAAAAGUCUAAUACAACUCCCUAUCACCGGACUAAGCAGUCCUUCGUUGCAACCUGGAUGUGGACAGUUAAUGACAACGUAUACAGAGCUGCAAACGACAAGGAUACGACCACUACCAUACAAUAACUUACGGAAUAUUCUUCAAACAUUGCAAAGGUGUAAAACUCCACAUUGUGUGCGAGCGGUCCAUAUCCUAUCCAAUAAAACCGACCAACGCUUGGCAGGAAUCCACGCGGAUCCCACUAUACUGCACGUCUUUAGGCGCUGCUACGGCCGAGAAGCCUGGACGCUCGAGGUUGGCCCAGAAUUCGGGACGCUUGCCGGUCCGGCAUCAAGACGAGAUCUGAUUGGUCAACAAUCUGGACCCAAAAGCCAAAUAUGA